AUGCUGGCAGAGAGAGACAAAGACAGGCAGGGGACAGGCUGCUUAUCAGCGGAUCAAGAUUGGUCACUUAUUAGUUUUGCGUGGUGUCUUUGAACAGCUUAAUGGGGAUUAUGAGGGCGUGUCCCCGGAAGUGUGUUUACCUGCUGCUGGUGGUCUCAUGUUUGAUCAUAUUUACAAUUAUAUACGAACAAUAUCAAGACAAGAGCGUCGACAGAUCCCUCAGCGUCAGCGGGGAUAGAGACGAGGACAGCGGCUGGACUGAGGACGAUGUGUGGAACUUCACCCCGGCAACCCAGGAGGAGACGGUGGAGGGGCCGUGCUCCGUGAGACAGUUGAUAAGGAAGGACCAGCUCCUCGGGAAACACUUCAGUUUCUCCGUGCCCGUGCUGCAGUGGGCCGGGAGCCUCUCUAAACCCACGUGGGAGCGACUGAGGAGCCAUGCGCCUCCCUACGGCUGGAGGGGGCUUCCUCUCACCGUCGUGCGAUCCACCCUGGCCCUCCUGAACAGCUCCCACAGCGGGCGGCUUUUCGAGCGCAGGUCACCUGACCAGUGUGUGCGCUGCGCUGUGGUCGGCAACGGCGGCAUCCUCAGGGGAUCCAAGCAGGGCCAGGCCAUCGACAGCCAUGAUCUUGUUUUCAGAGUCAACGGAGCUGUGACGAAGGGCUUUGAGGAAGACGUGGGGACAAAGAUCUCCUUCUACGGGUUCACCACAAACACAAUGAAGCACUCCCUCAGGUUUUAUCGGAGAGACGGCUUCACCAAGGUCCCACAAGGCCCGGAAAUCCGAUACAUCUUCAUUCCAUCGAACAUCCGAGACUAUGUGAUGAUGGCAGCUGCCAUUCGGGGUCAAACUGUCACCACUGGGGACGACGCUGGCGACUGGCCCCCCAGGUAUUUUGGCACUCGACCACCUGAGCACUUCAAGAUGCUCCACCCAGAUUUCAUUACAUACGUGACACAAGGCUUCCUGAAAUCUCCUCUGAUGUCGCUCCGUGCCACCGGUCACCUCUACAUGCCCAGCACUGGAGCCCUGAUGCUGAUGACGGCCUUACACACAUGUGACGAGGUCUCCGCUUACGGCUUCAUCACAAGGAACUACGCGGACUUCUCGGACCACUACUACGACUCCGUGAGGAAACCCCUCAAGUUCUACGCCAACCACGACAUGAAGAUGGAGAGCUGGCUGUGGGAGGCGCUGCACCAUCGAGGCGUCAUGCGGUUGUACCAGAGAGCGGCGAACAGCUGACACAAAACGCCGUAGAAAACCAGCUGACGGACCUCGCUCGCUUGCUUCAGUUUGUGCAUUUCUGUCUCUGUUGCCAGGUGUAAAUGGGGAAGAAGGAGUUUUAUCUGCAUUUUAAAAUGCCGGAUACAAACAUCCUGUUUAUCUCCUGAAGCCAAGAGACAAAUUCAGUGUAUGAAUUAGGAGCUGUAUAAAGGCUAAGUACACUUCUUUUGCCAAAAAUGUAAAAAACUAAAAAUCAGAAUGCUAAAUUUUGUUGUAAAUAAGUGAUGACUGGUUAUUCAGUGUUUUAUAUUGUAUAUAGCAGACUCUUUUGAUAUGCGAUUUUGAGAAUUUCGCUUUGUCAUUUAAUGCAGUAUUUAAACAGUCUGCUCAGUAAUUGUUUUGAAAUUGUACUUUUGUUUUUUUAAAAUCAAGUUGGUGCUUUUUUUUUUUUUUUUUUUUUAAGUGCUUUUCAACCUGAUGUUUGCUGGGAAGCUGUUUCUGAAAGAGCAGCUUGGCUUCGCGAGGGCUUCUUUGUCAUUACCAUCACACACACCAACAUUAAAGGCCCUUUUGACUGUGUAAACCGAA